AUGUAUCAAAGUCAUCCAAAAGUGCUGGCCUUCGUUUCCCACGGUGGCAUGUUAAGUUUGUCGGAGGCGGCUCAUUGCGGGAAACCCUUGCUCGCAAUGCCAUUUUUUGGAGACCAGUUCUCCAACUCAGCUGUCAUUCACGCAUCUGGGCUUGGAAGUACGGUGUCCUUCGGUUAUCUUAAUGCCAAUAACUUAGCUGAAGAAAUUCGAAAAUUGACGACGUUAGAAAUGCAGGAAAACGCCAGGAAAGUUUCUAAAUUAUGGCACGACCGACCGCAGCCAGUUAUAGAGAGCGCCAUCUAUUGGACGGAAAUUUUAGAAUAA